AUGAUAUCAAAUUUUUUAGAAUAAUUUACUGCCAAUCCAAAAGUUAGAAUUGAUACUCUUCUUCCAAAUUAUUUGAUUUAUAAUAAAAUGCAUCCAGAUGAUGCUGAAGUUUCUAAAGAAUUUAAUGAAAUAUUGGCAUUAAUAAAAGAAAAGUUCUAAUUGACAAUAAAACUAUACAUUUUAUCGGUUAGAAGAGAUAUGGUACCUAAAAAAUUAUUUAUAACUCAAUAAAUAGAGGAAAACCUUAACAAUACAGAAUUAAAUCCCAUUUUAAAAUCACAGCUACUUCUAGAUCUUCAAGUUUUUUUAUAUGCCCUAACUUAAAUAUAGGAUAUUUAUACCAUGUUUUUUAAAUAGGAUUUCUUUACAUAUGUUGAGAUGUAAUUAUAUUUAUAGAUAAUAUAGGUAAGACAUCCUAGAUGAUAAUAUCAAUUUAAAUUGGUUUAAUACUCUAAUAGAAAAAAAGGUUAUUGCUUAUUUAAUAAAUGUUCUUGGAACUGCCAAAGGAUUAUUAUAUCAAAUGAUUAUUGAACAAUUGAAUUAUCAAGAUCUUAUUCUCAUGUUGAAUAAAAUUGUUGUUUAGAUUUUUAACGAUUGUUCUAACUCAUUAAAAACGAUAACAAAUGAAUUUGUAAAUGCUACAAACAAAUGUAAUUUAUGCAAUAAAUAUUUGCUAAUGGGUUUGUUUUAGGAGUUAUCAGUUAGAGCAUAUGACUUAGUUGAAAAUUACGAAGAUUUCACGAUUUUUCAUUUAUCAAGCCAUGAUGCCAAAGAAGAAUUUGCUCGAUUAGUAAUCAAUUAUUUUGACUUAAUGAACCUAUAUGUCAACAGACAUGAUGAAGAUUGUAAAAAAUAAUUACAUUUUAGUAUUUACUCCAUUUUAAAAUACAGUGUUGAAAUAUGUCAAAGAAAAUAAUGAUGAAUUAGAAGCUAUAGAAUAAGCAAUUACUAAAAUAACUAGCAGAAAUAAAAAAGUUGUAACACAUAAGAUUGUCUCCAAAAGAAAUUAGAGAUUCGGAAUACUUUUGGACAUUGAUUGUGAGGAUGGAUCUAAAUUAAGGUUUAUUAUUCAUAAGCCUAUUGAUAAAAUUGUAAUUACAAAUGCGAAACUUGUUUAAAAUAGAUGGAUGUUUGUGGAGGCCCUAGAAGGAUUAACUCCAGAAUAAUUACUCAGAAAAAAAGAAGAAUCCAAAAAUGAGUAUAGUUCAAUCUAAUAAGCAUUUGAUUCGUUGAAUUUUCAAUAAAGUGUAAACACUAUUCAUGAAGAUUUUGAUGUGAGCGAAGAAAGAAUGCAAUUUAUUACAUUUAAUGAAUCUACGGCAGAAAUACAGAGUGCAUUUUCUGAAACAAUAAAAAUAAAUGGUCUCUAAGGUGAAGCAUUUAAUGCUCAUUUUUCAAGUGCAGCAGGUGAUAUUGGAGCAUCAUUAGGCAAUUGUUUAGCAAAUAUAAAUAAAUAUAACUCUCGAAAGGAAUUUUUGGUUGAUUUUGGUCAAACUGCCGUUGUCAGUGGUUCUCUUACAUAUAUUGCUACUUAGAUGCCAGUUAUUGGUUAAUUAUUUGCUUUGGGAGCAUUUGGAUAUUUUACAGCAAAAAUUUACUCAAAUGAAUCGUCCUCUUAGAAAAGUAAGAACACUUAAUUAAAUAAAUUAUUAAUUUCAACUACUGCAAACGUUGGUUCAGGAAUAAGUGGAGCUUUAAUAGGACAGGCAUUAAUUCCGGUUCCGAUUUUUGGAGCUUUAAUAGGUGGAUUCAUAGGAGGUCUAUUAGGUGGAGCCUCAUCAUCAAUGAUAUUAGAAUAUAUGAGUGAACAAAGAUUUUAAAAUCUAUUUGAAUUAAUUCAAUUUAAAGAAGAAAAUGGACAUUGGGAAUAUUCUGAUGAAUAUUUAAACUAACUUGGUUUAAGUAAAUAGGUAUUUUAAGAACAAUUACCUAAUAAUUUAAGGUAUGAUGAAAAUAAGGAUAAUAAAUGGAUUACCAUAGUAAUAUAUAAUUCAUAUCUUUAGAUUUCUUACACAUAUUGUACUGUGUAUCAAGCUUAAUUAGAUUAGUUAAAGAAUAAAAAAAAUUAGUCAGAAAGUGAAAAUAAUAAAAACAAUUCUUUUUAAGAUCACUCUUCGCAUUCCAGUACUACUAAUCUAGAUACAAAUAAGCAACUAGAAGAAGAUUAAGUUGAGUUCCCAGAAUUUAUAGAAUAGGCGAGUAAGUGGAUAAUAUAAAAUAAGUGUUUAAUGGGGUUAUCAUUGCAAAAUACGGAAAUCAUAAUAAAAUGUAUAUUUCAAAAUUUAUGA